AGAGGCGCUGCAGACCCUUUUUGUCCCUCUUCGCUUCCUCUACUCUCUCACCGAAAAACUUUCUGUGAACACCAACCUGCUGAAUGAAAAUAAUCCACUAUGAGAGAUGACACAAGUCUAUGUUAGUGGAUCAGGUGUGAACAUGGUGUCCUCGUGGAGCAGCAGGGACACCCUGAAGAGGAAUGUGCCCAUAGUACGGCUGGAGGAUGAUGCUGACCUCAGGGAAAUCUAUGAAUUUGGAAGGAAAUUGGGUCAAGGUAGCUUUGGAGUUGUUUACGAAGCCACCCAUAUAGAGACACAGACAAAAUGGGCUAUUAAGGAGGUUUGCAGACCAGCGGCUGGAAGUUGGAAAGCCAAGAUGCUGGACCACGAAAUAAACAUUCUCAAACAAGUGAAUCACGAUCACAUAAUACAUCUCCAGAAAGUCUACCACACAGCUAAGAAGGCUUAUUUGGUUACUGAGCUGUGCGUUGGAGGUGAACUGAAGCAGCUGCUGCAGCAGAAAAAGUUCUUCACUGAGGAUGAAACAAGGCAUAUCAUCUGUAGCUUAGCUGACGCCGUUGUCUACCUUCACAAAAGAGACAUAGUGCACCGGGACUUGAAACUGGAGAACAUACUUGUGAAGAAUGAUCUCGAUGCGGAUGAUGGCGGCAGGAUUAAUAUCAAGGUGACAGACUUUGGAUUAUCGGUGAAGACAGGUGGUGUCGGGAUUGAGAACAUAAUGAAGGAGGCCUGUGGGACUCUUAUCUAUAUGGCACCUGAAAUGAUGAGCGGUCGUGGUUACAGCCAGUGGUGUGAUGUUUGGAGCGUCGGCGUCGUUAUGUAUUUACUGCUGUGUGGGGAGCCUCCGUUUGUUGCCAAAACAAAGAAAAACCUACUUGAGAAGAUUCUGAACAACGAAGUAGAAUUCACUCAACAAAUCUGGGCCACAGUCAGCGAUGCAGCUAAAAAUCUCCUGACUUGCCUUCUGAAGGCGGACCCCGCCUACCGCAUGUCUGCUAAUCAGCUCCUAGAAAACCCCUGGAUCACAGGGGACACUAAUGUGCCGGCGAUGCCGACCAACGUGCUGGAGAUGAUGCGCAACCACCUGGAACAGAGAGAGAGAACACAGACUCUGGAGGACUUGUCCCUCACCUCUUCUGAGGGCACGCUGGACUCAUCCCCGCUCCCCAGGGAGGCUUCAACAGAAACAGAAGGCAACUGCAGGAGGCCUGCUGGGAGAGACAGCAGCUCCUGCUCAGCCUCUACAUCUGCCAAGCCGGUACUGUGUCUGUUAGCUACAGCUCUACAUUCUGACCUCACCUGCCCGUGUGUGUGUGUGUGUGUGUGUGUGUGUGUGUGUGUUUUAUGCAAGACUUUAUAUGACUCCCAAAUAAUUUCAAAGAUGUCAAGUCUCUACUCAUCUGUUUAAGUACUUUUCCACCAGCUUACAAAUCACUUGUGGUAAUUAUCUUGUUUUUAACUGCAACUAUCUCAUUAAGUAGAUAACUCAGCAAUUACAGCAAACCUGAAUUACCAAUUUGUUGAAGU